AGAGUUCAGAGUUCGAGAGUGUUCUGUUGUGUAGUUCUAGGUGUCCAGCUACAAAAUGGAAACACAGACACAUACGAUGGUGCUUUUUUCAAAUUCGUAGGUUGCUGUCUCCUUUAUCAUCCGUAACUGCUACCCAGCCCAUGUGAGUCCCAAUUGCCUGAAUGCCCCUGUUACUGUCUUAAUGUGCUUCCGCCACAAAUUUCAGAUCUCUUGCGUCAACCACUUCCAUAGUUUCAUUCAAUUCGAUCAACUCAUUCUAAUCUAACCUCACCUACCUGGCUGCUUCUCUUAAAUCCUAUAAUACUUCCUAAUCUCACCUACCUCUUCUAAAUCUCAUGACUUGAAUCUUUGUCCCAAAUCCAUGGCCAUAUCUCUUUGGAUUUUCUCUGCGCUUAUCUUCCUAGCAAUCCCAGUUUCAUCCCAGCUCAACCAGCUCUUCUUUCCCGGAUUCAAAGAUGUUGGCACCAACCUAACCUUAAACGGCAUCGCUAAUAUCCAAAAAACAGGGAUUCUUGAGUUAACCAACGAGACCAGUCGGUUAAUGGGGCAUGCCUUCUAUGCCUCUCCUUUUCAGUUCAAGAACUCCACCGAUGGUAAAGCUUUCUCUUUCUCCACCUCUUUUGUUUUUGCCAUAGUCCCCGAGUAUCCAAAGCUUGGAGGCCAUGGCUUGGCUUUCACAAUCGCACCCACCAAGAAUCUGAAAUCUCUGCCCAGCCAGUACUUGGGACUUCUUAAUUCCAGCGAUAUGGGAAAUUUCUCCAACCAUCUCUUCGCGGUUGAAUUCGACACUGUCCAAGACUUCGAGUUCGGAGACAUCAACGACAACCAUGUCGGCGUCGACAUCAACAGCUUAACCUCCAACGACUCCGCUGCCGCAGCUUAUUUCACCGACGAUUCGACCAAACAGGAUCUUAACCUCAAGAGUGGGAGAGCUAUUCAGGUCUGGAUCGACUACGAUUCGGUUGGAAAUGUUCUCCACGUAACGAUUUCGCCGUCUUCUUCAAAACCCAGAAAGCCAAUCUUGUCAUUUCACGUAGAUCUCUCACCGAUCCUCCUGGAAUUUAUGUUCGUCGGGUUCUCUGCUUCAACCGGUUUGCUCGCCAGCUCACACCACCUCUUGGGAUGGAGCUUCAAGAUUAACGGGGAAGCUCCAGCCCUUCAUCUCUCUUCUCUGCCUUCUCUACCAGGACCCAAGAAGAACCACACAGCUCUAACAGUGGGGGGUUCUGUUGCAGCGGUUAUUCUUGCACUAGCUGCAAUCGCCUUUGCCAUUUACAUCUUCAGAAAGAUAAAGAACGCCGACAUAAUCGAAGAUUGGGAGCUCGAACUAGGCCCGCAUCGGUACUCUUACGAAGAACUGAAGAAAGCAACCAAUGGCUUCAAAGACAAAGAGCUACUCGGGCAUGGCGGAUUCGGUCGAGUUUACAAAGGUACGAUUCCAAAUUCGAAGACCGAAGUUGCCGUUAAGAGAAUCUCGCACGAUUCCAAACAGGGUCUGCCUGAGUUCAUCUCCGAAAUCGCUAGCAUCGGCCGGCUUCGCCACCGGAAUUUGGUUCAGUUAUUGGGUUGGUGUCGCAGAGGAGGCGAUCUUCUUCUUGUGUAUGAUUUUAUGGCUAAUGGUAGCUUAGACAAGUUCUUGUUUGAUGAGCCAAAAACAGUUCUAAGUUGGGAGGAAAGGUUCAAUAUCAUAAAGGGCGUCGCUUCUGGGCUUCUGUAUUUACACGAAGGCUAUGAACAGGUUGUGAUUCACAGAGACGUGAAGGCGAGCAAUGUGCUGCUCGACGGUGAGCUCAACGGAAGAUUAGGCGAUUUUGGGCUUGCGAGAUUGUACGAACACGGGGCAAACCCAAGCACCACUCGGGUCGUAGGCACUCUCGGGUAUCUUGCACCGGAGCUGCCUAGAACCGGCAAGGCCACCGCCGGCUCCGAUGUGUUCGCAUUUGGCGCGCUUUUGCUAGAGGUUGUUUGCGGCCGCCGGCCGAUUGAGCCAAAGGCAAUGCCCGAAGAGUUAGUUUUGGUGGAUUGGGUGUGGGACAGGUUCAUAGAAGGGAGGCUGCUUGACGUGGUGGACCGUCGGAUGAAUGGGCAGUACGAUGAGGGUGAGGUGGUGAUGGUGCUGAAGUUAGGGCUGAUGUGUUCAAACAAUGCGGCUAUAGCACGGCCCAGCAUGAGACACGUGGUGAUGUAUUUGGAAGGAGAGGCUGAGAUCUUGGACGACUUGAGAGCACCGAGCGAGUACAAUGGAGGGAAGGGCCACGUGGAGGGGUUCGAAAAUUUUGUGCACUCAUUUGCGUCUUCAUCGAAUGGUAAGAUGAGCUCCGACGCGUUCACGAGGAAUAGAGGUAUGGAGAAUAGUUUUGCGUCUCUUUCUUCUUCCCCUCUCUCCCUACUCAAUGGGAGAGGAGGGGUGACUAGGUAGUGUUUGGUAAAGUUUCUUUUGUUUUGUUUUUUUUCUUUUGUUUUUGUAUUAUUAUUUUUUUCUUCUGAGGUUUCAUUUGAUUUGUUCGAAAAUUUUCCAAAAAAUAUAUAUGUCUUGAAGGAAAAAAGCUAACAAAUUUAC